AUGUUCAGGUACCAGGUCACUUUAGCCCCCAGUCCCUCUCACCUCUCAGGAACCCUGUCAGAGUGGAGCGCUGCUGUCCAGCUGCAGAACCUCCCAGGAACCCUGUCAGAGUGGAGCGCUGCUGUCCAGCUGCAGAACCUCCCAGGAACCCUGUCAGAGUGGAGCGCUGCUGUCCAGCUGCAGAACCUCUCAGGAACCCUGUCAGAGUGGAGCGCUGCUGUCCAGCUGCAGAACCUCUCAGGAACCCUGUCAGAGUGGAGCGCUGCUGUCCAGCUGCAGAACCUCUCAGGAACCCUGUCAGAGUGGAGCGCUGCUGUCCAGCUGCAGAACCUCUCAGGAACCCUGUCAGAGUGGAGCGCUGCUGUCCAGCUGCAGAGCCAGAUCUUUGUGGCAGGGAUCAGCUUCUUCAGCCUGUUCUUCGUAAUGACCUCCCUGGGGGAACUGUUGGCACGGCGACAAGGAGACUCCCCCUUUACCGUCAGGGCUGAAGUGCUGGGAGGGCCAGAGUCCCGGUUGGUCCUGAAGAGGAUCAGUGAGAUGCUGGAGGCCAUCCUUAAGAGGAUGGCCCACGUGACCUCCCCCUCCUCCCCCUCCCCCUCCCUGAGGCUGCAGCAGCUCAGCCACGCCCUCCACAGGAUUCAGCCGCUGGGUCUGGUGGAGAGGAUCCAGGCCAUCGCCCAGAACGUGUCGGACAUGGCUGAGAAGUUGGAGAGGAUACUGCAGCACAGCCUAGACUCCAACAGAGAUAGGGGCAGGGGGGCAGGGCUGUGUGUGGUGCCUGACCACCCACAGUACCCCCACUGCCGCAGCAAGGUGGACUGGAUGCGCUCUCGGUGGAUUUCUGACCCUUGUUACGCCUUCUACGGCGUGGACGGCUCCGACUGCUCCUUCCUGUCCUACCUGAGCCAGGUGGAGCGGUUCUGCCCCCCCGCGGCCUGGAGGAACCAGAGCGCCCCCCCGGCCACAUACCGACCCCCCUCUCCCCCUCCCAGGAUACAGGCGGGGUUCAGGGCAGAUGUGGGUCCUCUGCUGGAGCAGCUGGGCUGCAGGAAGGAGGCGUUCUGCUUCAUGAGGAGGCGUGUGGUGAGGCUGGCCUCUCUCUGGUCCUCGGCUGCCCGCCGGCUGGACGACAGACUCAGACACACCUGGAGACAGCAGAAGAAGGUCCUGGUCCAUGUGGGCUUCCUGACGGAGGAGUCAGGUGACACGUUCAGCUCCAGGGUUCUGAAGGGCGGUCCGCUGGGUGAGCUGGUCCAGUGGGCUGACAUCAUGAGCGCUCUGCACGUGCUCGGUCACGACCUGAGCAUCUCCGUCUCCCAGAGGGAGCUGCAGGGGUUCCUGGGCAGCUGCCCCCUGACAGGAGGGUUGCCCUUUGACCUCAUCUACACAGACUACCAUGGCCUGCAGCAUCUGAAGCGUCACAUGGGCCUGUCACUCAGGACGCACAGGUGUCAUCUCCGGGUGAUAGACUCGUUCGGCACCGAGCCGGUAUAUAACCAUAAGGAGUACGCUACGCAGCACGGAUACAUCACAAGCUGGGGCCACUGGAACCUCAGCCCGGGACAGUACAUGACCAUGUUCCCACACACUCCGGAUAACUCGUUCAUGGGCUUUGUGGCGGAAGAGCCGAACAACUCUGAGAGGAGCAGCAUCCGGAGGAACAAGGCCCACAACAUGGCUGUGAUCUACGGCAAGGAGGCGGCCAUGUGGAAGGGUAAGGAGAAGUUCCUGUCCAUCCUACAUGAGUACAUGGAGGUCCACGGGACGGUGUACUCUGAGUCGCAGCGCCCCCUGGAGGUGCCUGCGUUCGUGCAGAACCACGGCCUGCUGGGACAGCAUGACCUCCAGCUGCUGCUGAGGAGGGCCAAGCUCUUUGUGGGGUUUGGCUUCCCGUACGAAGGCCCCGCCCCCCUGGAAGCUAUAGCCAAUGGGUGCAUCUUUCUUCAGCCGAAGUUUACCCAACCUCACAGCUCUCUCAACCACGAGUUCUUCAAAGGCAAGCCUACAUCCAGACAGGUGUCCUCCCAGCACCCCUACGCAGAGCAGCACAUCGGCAAGCCUCACGUCUUCACGGUGGACUUCAACAGCUCACAGCAGCUCCACGCUGCCAUCAGAGAGAUCAUGAGGACCAAGGUGGAGCCUUUCCUGCCCUAUGAGUACAGCUGUGAGGGGAUGUUGGAGCGUGUUCACGCCUACAUCCACAACCAGGACUUCUGUUCUCCCCAGGCACCGUUUCCUCCAGUUAACAUGUCCAGUGUUUGGCCCGGCAGCCCUCCCAGCCCCUUUGUCGUCCUGCCCAGCGAGAGUGCCCUCUCCUGGGCAUCCAACGUCAGGGCGCCCCCCUCCUGGCCCCCGCUCUCCUCUCUGAGACUACUGGCCUCCCGAGGGCAGUCUUGUGUGGAGGCGUGUAAGAGGGCGGGGCUAAUCUGUGAGCCCUCCUACUUCCACUACAUCAACAUCAGAGAGGCCUUCAGGGGGUUGAAGCUGCAGUGUGUGGAGGUGGAGGAGAAGGAGCACCCUGUGUGUCCUGCCUUCACCGUGGGGAGCGGGGCGUGUUGCCUCCAGAAGGAGCCCCUCCUCUCCAGCUGUGCGGGGGCCGGCCCAGAGCAGCUGCGUCUCUGUCCCUGCAGGGGCUAUCGCAAGGGACAGGUGGCACUCUGCCCACAUUGCCUGUGA